GACAUGAAGAAAUUUGAAGUUGAGCUGAGAGGCCUGCAGUCUGCUCUGGAGCAAGCCCAAGCCACACUGACCUCUCCGGAGCUUGGGCAUUUGAGCUUGAAAGAGCAACUUUCUCACAGACAGCAUCUGUUGUCUGAAAUGGAGUCACUGAAGCCGAAAGUUCAGGCAGUGCAAGUCUGCCAGAGCACCUUGCGGAUCCCUGAAGAGGUGGUGACGGGCCUGCCAGCGUGGCACUGCGCCCUGCGGCUGCAGGAGGAGGCCAGCCGCCUGCAGCACGCCGCCAUCCAGCAGUGCAACCUCAUGCAGGCAACAGUGGUUCAGUAUGAGCAAUAUGAGCAAGAAAUGAAACAUUUACAGCAAAUGAUAGAGAGUGCCCAUCGUGAGAUCCAAGACAAGCCAAUAGCAACUGGCAACAUCCAGGAACUCCAGGUCCAGAUUUCACGUCAUGAGGAGCUGGCUCAGAAGAUCAAAGGAUACCAGGAGCAAAUUGCUUCUUUGAAUUCGAAGUGCAAGAUGCUGACAAUGAAAGCAAAACAUGCCACCAUGCUGCUGACAGUGACAGAAGUGGAGGGGCUUUCGGAGGGAAUGGAGGAGCUGGAUUCAGACCUACUCCCAGCACACCCCGCUCAUCCCUCAGUGGUUAUGAUGACUGCUGGUCGCUGUCACACGCUGCUCUCUCCCGUCACUGAGGAGUCUGGGGAGGAGGGAACCAACAGUGAGAUUUCUUCUCCACCUGUCUGUCGCUCUCCAUCACCUGUGGCUAAUACAGAUGCUUCUGUUAACCAGGACAUUGCUUAUUACCAAGCCUUAUCUGCUGAACAGUUGCAGACAGAAGCUGCUAAAAUUCAACCUAGCAGUUCAGCCACCCAGGAGUUUUACGAACCAGGCUUAGAAUCGGCUGCUAGUGCCAAAUUGGAUGAUUUGCAGCGCUCUUGGGAAACACUGAAAAAUGUGAUCAGUGAAAAGCAGCGCACCCUCUAUGAAGCUCUUGAGCGUCAACAGAAAUACCAGGACACACUCCAGUCUAUAUCUACAAAAAUGGAGAGCAUUGAGAUCAAGCUAAAUGAGAGUCUGGAACCAGCCAAAAGCCCAGAGAGCCAGAUGGCUGAACAUCAGGCUUUGAUGGAUGAGAUUUUAAUGUUACAAGAAGAAAUCUCUGAGCUUCAGACAUCAUUAGCCCAGGAGCUGGUUUCAGAACCACUGGAUGCAGAAGCUGCUGAUCAGCUGGCACUGCAGUCCACUCUCACGGUCUUGGCUGAACGAAUGGCCACAAUUCGAAUGAAGGCAUCAGGAAAACGACAGCUAUUAGAGGAGAAACUGAACGAGCAGCUAGAAGAACAGCGGCAAGAGCAGGCUCUCCAAAGGUACCGUUGUGAAGCUGAUGAGCUUGACCACUGGCUACUCAAUACCCGAGCAACACUGGACACCGCUCUGGUUACUGCUGAGGAACCUAUGGACAUGGAAGCACAACUGGUAGACUGUCAGAACAUGCUGGUUGAAAUAGAGCAGAAGGUGGUAGCCUUGUCAGAGUUGUCUGUGCACAACGAGAACUUGCUUAUGGAGGGGAAGGCACACACCAAGGACGAGGCUGAGCAGCUGGCUGUGAAGCUCCGGACCCUGAAGGGCAGCCUUCUGGAGCUGCAGAGAGUGCUCCACGACAAACAGAUCAACAUUCAGGGAUCACUACAAGAAAAGGAGGAGAGUGAUCCGGACUUUGUUUCCUCGCAAAGCCCCAGUGUCCAAGAAUGGCUGGCACAAGCAAGAAGCACUCGCUCACAGCAACAGCAGAGCAACCUGCAGCAACAGAAAGAGCUGGAACAAGAGCUAGAAGAGCAAAAGAAUCUGCUUCGGUCAGUAGCAUGCCGUGGAGAAGAAAUCCUAACACAGCAAGGUGCUCUGGAAGGCCUAUGUAUAAGUGAGAAGCCUGAUACACUCUCUGAGGAAUUAGACUUAGAAGGUGAGAAGCCAUCAUCUGAAGAACAGAUGAAGGUGAAAUGGGGAAGCCUGAACCAGGAAUUCAAUACCAAGCAGAGGCUGCUCCAGAAAGCUUUGGAACAAGAACAGCUGGUACUUUAUAGCAGACCAAACAGACUGAUACCUGGAAUGCCUUUGUAUAAGGAAGGACAGGAUGAAGAUAAAUCCUCCGUGUCACCACUAUUAGUUGAAUUAAAUCAGGCCUUUGAAGAUGUGUCAUCUGAGGCUGGACAGGUGGUGGAGAGCCUGCAUCUUGAAGAGAAGCUGUAUGAUGGUGUUGUAGCCACUUCCUUGUGGCUUGAUGGCGUGGAAGAACAGGUCUUUGUUGCUACAGCUCUGUUGCCAGAGGAAGAAACAGAAACAUACCUCUGCAAGCAAGAGUCUCUUGCCAAAGAAAUUAAAGAUGUAACAGAAGAAAUGGAUAAGAACAAGAAUUUAUUUGCUCGGAUAUUUCCGGAGAAUGGUGAUAAUAGGGACAUUAUAGAAGACGCUUUGGGUUGUCUCCUGAGAAGACUAAUGUUACUGGAGUCAGUAGUAAACCAGAGAUGCCAUCAGAUGAAAGGACGGCUCCAGCAAAUAGUGACUUUCAAGAAUGAUCUGAAGCUCCUGUUUACGUCAGUGGCUGAUAACAAAUAUUUAGUUCUACAGAAACUAGCAGAGGCAGUUGAGAGACCAGAAACAGAACAAAUGCAGGUCAUACUGCAGGCAGAAGAAGGUUUGAAGGAGCUAGAUGCUGGAAUCAGUGAAUUAAAGAAGCGUGUAGACAAGCUACACAUUGACCAACCUUCUGUGCAAGAGCUGUCUAAGAUCCAGGAUAAGUAUGAUGAGCUGAUGAUGAUCAUUGGAUCCAGACGGAGUGACCUGAAUCAGAAUCUGGCUCUUAAGAGGCAGUAUGAACGGGCUUUGCAGGACCUGGCUGACCUGGUAGAAACAGGCCAAGAAAAGAUGGCUGGUGACCAGAAAAUGAUUGUUGCUUCUAGGGAAGAGGUUCAAUUGCUACUUGACAAACAUAAGGAAUAUUUUCAGGGGUUGGAGUCUCACAUGAUCCUGACAGAAACACUCUUUAGAAAGAUGAGUAGCUUUGCCCUCUUGAAGGAGACUCAGUCGCAUUCAGAGCUAAUGGCACAAGCUUCACAUGUAUUAAAGCUGGCUCAUAAACGAGGUGUGGAGCUGGAAUACAUUCUAGAGACCUGGAUGCGUCUGGAUGAAGAUUGCCAGGAACUUACCAGACAGCUGGAGUCUGUUGAAGAUAGCAUCCCCACUGUUGGUUUGGUGGAAGAGACGGAGGACAGGCUUACAGAGCGGAUUACACUUUUUCAGCAUCUGAGAUCUAACCUGACUAAAUACCAACCUAAAUUGUACCAAGUGCUAGAUGAUGGGAGAAGACUCCUUUUUUCUGUUAGUUGCUCAGAUCUCGAAAGUCAACUGAACCAACUAGGAGAACACUGGUUAAGUAACACCAGCAAGGUUACGAAGGAGCUUCACAGACUGGAGACAAUACUGAAGCACUGGACAAGAUAUCAGAGUGAAUCAAAUGAAUUGACACAUUGGUUGGAAUCUGCAAAGGAGCAACUUGAGUUUUGGAGCCAGCAGUCUUUGACAGUUCCUCAGGAACUGGAAACAGUCCGAGACCACCUGAACUCCUUUUUGGAGUUUUCGAAAGAAGUGGAUGCUAAAUCAUCACAGAAAUCUUCUGUCCUGAGUACUGGGAACCAGCUCCUCAGGCUGAAGAAGGUGGAUACAGCAGCAUUGCGUGCGGGAUUGUCCCACAUUGACAGUCAGUGGACAGAGCUGCUCACGCAAAUCCCAGCAGUACAAGAGAAAUUGCACCAGCUCCAGAUGGACAAAAUUCCUUCUCGCCAUGCUAUCACUGAAGUUAUGAGCUGGAUUUCACUGAUGGAAAAUGUCAUUCAAAAAGAGAAUAUUAAAAAUGCAGUAGGACAGAAAGUCAUUCAGGGUUAUGUCCAGAAGUACAAGGGUUUCAAGAUAGAUUUAAACUGCAAACAAUUGACGGUAGACUUUGUGAACCAAUCGGUGCUACAAAUUAGCAGCCAGGAUGUUGAAAGUAAACGUAGCGACAAAACUGAUUUUGCAGAACAGCUCGGAGCAAUGAACAGGCGUUGGCAGAUCCUGCAAGGCCUGAUAACAGAAAAGAUCCAGCUGUUGGAAAGUUUGCAGGAAUCCUGGGCAGAAUAUGAAAAUAGUGUGCAGUGCCUAAAAACUUGGUUUGAAACCCAAGAGAAGAAGUUGAAACAGCAACAGAAAAUUGGAGACCAGGCUUCAGUACAGAAUGCUUUGAAAGACUGUCAGGAAUUAGAAGAAUCAAUAAGAACAAAGGAAAAAGAAGUAGAAAAUGUAGAACAGAGUGGUCUGUCUUUGAUACAGAACAAGAAGGAAGAAGUCUCUUCUGCUGUUAUGAAUACACUGCAAGAAAUUAACCAUUCCUGGGCCAAUUUGGAUCACAUGGCUAGCCAACUGAAGAUAUUGUUGCAAUCUGUUCUUGAUCAGUGGAGCAUUUACAAAGCAGCUUAUGAAGAACUGAAUAGUUACCUGACAGAAGCCAGAUAUUCUUUGUCCCGUUUUUAUCUUCUUACUGGUUCUUUGGAAGCUGUGAAAGUCCAAGUUGAUAACCUUCAGAUCCUACAAGAUGAAUUGGAAAAGCAAGAAAAUAGCUUACAGAAAUUUGGUUCUGUGACCAAUCAAUUGUUGAAAGAAUGUCACCCACCAGUGACUGAAACACUUACCAACACUUUGAAAGAAGUGAAUAUGAGGUGGAACAACCUUCUGCAGGAGAUCGCAGAGCGGCUGCAUGCCAGUAAAGGCCUCCUUCAGCUGUGGCAGAGGUACAAGGACUGUUACCAGCAGUGCUCUUCAACGGUCCGUCAGCGGGAGGACCAGACCAAUGAACUCAUGAAGACUGCCACCGGCAAAGACAUUGCUGAUGAUGAAGUUACUGCUUGGAUUCAGGACUGCAAUGAUGUGCUCGCAGAUUUGAAGACAGCACAGGAGUCACUGAUUGUUCUUCAAGAACUGGGAGAGGAGCUAAAAAGCCAAGUGGAGGCUUCAGCAGCAGCCGCUAUACAGUCUGAUCAACUUUCUCUGAACCAGAAUCUGUCAACCCUAGAACAGGCUCUCCGCAAGCAACAAGCUGUACUUCAGGCUGGAGUGCUGGACUAUCAAACCUUUGCCAAGAAUCUGCAAGUCCUCGAGGCCUGGAUAACAGAAGCAGGAGAAAUGUUGAAAGGACAGGAUCCCAGUCACUCAUCUGAUCUCUCAGCAAUACAGAAUAGAAUGGAGGAACUCAAGAGUCAGAUGUUGAAGUUCAGCAGCAUGGUCCCGGAUUUGGACCGUCUUAAUGAGCUGGGUUACAGGCUUCCUCUGAAUGACAAAGAAAUCAAAAGGAUGCAGAACCUGAACAGACAUUGGUCCCUGAUUUCAUCUCAGACUACAGAGAGAUUCAGUAAGCUGCAGUCUUUCUUGCUGCAGCAGCAGACUUUCUUGGAGAAAUGUGAGACUUGGAUGGAUUUAUUAGUUCAAACUGAGCAGAAGCUGGCAGCAGAGAUUUCAGGAAACUACCAGAGCCUUUUAGAGCAACAGAGGGCACAUGAGCUAUUCCAGGCAGAGAUGUUCAGCCGCCAGCAGAUUCUGCAUUCAAUUAUCUCUGAUGGGCAGCACCUCCUAGAACAAGGACAGGUGGAUGACAGGGAUGAAUUUAAUCUGAAACUGACUCUUCUAAGUAAUCAAUGGCAAGGAGUAAUUCGCCGGGCGCAGCAGAGGAGGGGGAUCAUUGACAGCCAGAUUCACCAGUGGCAACGCUAUAGAGAGAUGGCAGAGAAGCUGCGCAAGUGGCUGGUGGAAAUGUCCUGUCAGCCAGCGAGUGGGCUGGGCAACGUUCCCAUCCCAUUGCAGCAAGCCAGAGCACUACUGGAUGAAGUGCAGCUUAAAGAAAAAGUUCUUCUAAGGCAGCAAGGGAGUUAUAUCCUCACUGUGGAAGCUGGGAAGCAACUGCUGCUCUCUGCUGACAGUGGAGCUGAGGCAGCCCUGCAGAUUGAGCUUACUGAAAUUCAGGAGCGCUGGAAGAUAGCUAGCACCCAACUGGAGCAACGAAAGAAACAGCUUGCUUUACUACUAAAGGACUGGGAAAAAUCUGAAAACGGCAUAGAGGACUCCCUGGAGAAGCUGAGAUCAUUCAAAAAAAAGCUUUCUCAGCCAUUGCCAGAACACCAUGAUGAGCUGCAUGCAGAGCAGAUUCGUUGCAAGGAGUUAGAGAAUGCUGUUGAAGGAUGGACAGAUGACCUCGCACACCUCUCGCUGCUGAAGGAGACCCUGUCUAUAUAUAUCAGUGCAGAUGAUAUCUCAAUCCUCAGUGAGCGCGUAGAGCUGUUGCACAGACAGUGGGAGGAGCUGUGCCACCAGGUCUCCUUACGUCGACAACAAGUCAGUGAAAGACUGAAUGAGUGGGCUGUCUUCAGUGAGAAGAACAAGGAGCUCUGUGAGUGGCUGACACAAAUGGAAAGUAAGGUUUCUCAAAAUGGCGACAUCCUCAUAGAAGAAAUGAUUGAGAAACUUAAAAAGGAUUAUCAAGAGGAAAUUGCUGUAGCCCAAAAGAACAAAAUCCAGCUCCAGCAAAUGGGAGAGCGACUUGCUAAAGCUAGCCAUGAGAGUAAAGCAUCAGAGAUCGAGUACAAACUUGGCAAGAUCAAUGACAGGUGGCAACAUCUUCUAGAUCUCAUUGCAGCCAGGGUAAAGAAACUGAAGGAGACCCUCGUUGCGGUGCAGCAACUGGAUAAAAACAUGAGUAGCCUGAGGUCGUGGCUUGCCCACAUUGAGUCAGAGCUGUCCAAACCUAUUGUCUAUGAAACUUGUGACUCUGAGGAGAUACAAAGGAAGCUAAAUGAACAGCAGGAACUUCAGAGGGACAUAGAGAAACACAGCACUGGAGUGGCAUCUGUUCUCAAUCUAUGUGAAGUGCUUCUUCAUGACUGUGAUGCUUGUGCCACAGAAGCAGAGUGUGACUCUAUCCAGCAGGCUACACGCAAUCUGGACAGAAGGUGGAGGAACAUUUGUGCAAUGUCAAUGGAAAGGCGACUUAAAAUUGAAGAGACGUGGCGGCUGUGGCAGAAGUUUUUGGAUGACUACUCUAGAUUUGAAGACUGGCUAAAAAUCUCUGAGAGGACAGCAGCUUACCCGAGCUCCUCUGGUGUACUUUACACGGUUGCUAAGGAAGAACUGAAGAAAUUUGAGGCCUUCCAAAGACAAGUGCAUGAAAGCCUGACUCAGCUGGAACUGAUCAAUAAACAGUAUCGCCGCCUGGCCCGGGAGAACCGCACUGACUCCGGCUGCAGCCUCAAGCAGAUGGUUCAUGAGGGGAACCAGAGAUGGGACAACUUACAAAAGCGAGUUACCUCCAUCCUGCGCAGGCUAAAACAUUUUAUUGGCCAGCGUGAGGAGUUUGAGACGGCACGUGAUAGCAUCCUGGUAUGGCUAACAGAGAUGGACCUGCAGCUGACCAACAUUGAGCAUUUCUCAGAGUGUGACGUCCAAGCAAAGAUAAAGCAACUUAAGGCUUUCCAGCAAGAAAUUUCACUGAACAACAACAAAAUUGAGCAGAUAAUAGUGCAGGGUGAUCAACUCAUUGAGAAAAGUGAGCCCAUGGAUGCAGCUGUCAUUGAAGAAGAACUAGAUGAGCUGCGCCGUUACUGUCAAGAGGUCUUUGGACGUGUGGAACGCUAUCACAAGAAACUCAUCUGCCUUCCUCUGACAGAUGACGAACACGACCUCUCCGACAAAGAGGUGGAUCUGGAUGAAUCAGCAGAUCUCUCUGACAUACACUGGCAUGACAAAUCUGCUGACAGCGUUCUCUCUCCGCACCCCUCUUCCAACCUUUCGCUGCCUCUUUCUCAGCCGGUGAGAAGUGAGCGAUCAGGGCGAGAUACCCCUGCAAGUGUGGACUCCAUUCCCCUGGAGUGGGACCACGACUAUGACCUUAGCAGAGACCUGGAGACAGCUGUUUCACGGGCACUGCACUCUGAGGAAGAAGAUGGAGGACAAGAGAAGGAUUUCUACCUGAGAGGAGCAGCUGGUAUAGCAGGAGAACCUGGUUCCCUGGAAGCACAUAUCCGACAACUGGACAAAGCCUUAGAUGCCAGUCGUUUCCAGAUACAGCAAACAGAAAACAUCAUCCGCAGCAAAACACCUACGGGACCAGAGCUGGAUUCCAGUUACAAAGGAUAUAUGAAACUACUGGGUGAGUGCAGUGGAAGCAUAGACUCGGUAAAAAGGCUUGGGUAUAAACUGAAGGAGGAAGAAGAAAAAUUAUCUGGACUUAUUAACCUGAACAGUACUGAAACACAAACAGCUGGUGUAAUUGACCGAUGGGAAUUAAUCCAGGCUCAAGCUCUGAGCAAGGAGCUGAGGAUGAAGCAGAACCUUCAGCAAUGGCAGCAGUUUAACUCUGACCUCAAUAGUGUUUGGGCUUGGUUGGGAGAAACUGAAGAGGAAUUGGAGAAGCUCCGCUGCCUUGAUCUCAGCACUGACAUACAAACUAUUGAGCUCAGAAUUAAAAAGCUGAAAGAGCUGCAGAAGGCAAUUGAUAAUCGUAAAGCAAUCAUCUUAUCCAUCAAUCUGUGCAGCUCAGAGUUCACUCAGUCUAACAGCGAAGAGAGCAAGAAGCUUCAAGAGCGCCUGUCUCAGAUGAACGUGCGCUGGGGCCACGUAUGCGGUGUGAUCGAAGAGUGGCGCUGCUCAUUGCAGGAUGCAUUAAUGCAGUGCCAGGAUUUCCAUGAAAUGAGCCAUGGUUUGCUGCUUUGGUUAGAGAAUAUUGACAGAAGAAAAAAUGAAAUUGUGCCCAUCAGUCCAAACCUGGACUCAGAAACGCUGCAGGAUCAUCACAGACUUCUAAUGCAAAUCAGACGUGAACUGCUGGAGUCUCAGCUGAAGGUGGCGUCACUGCAAGAUAUGUCCUGCCAGUUGCUAGUCAAUGCUGAAGGCAAGGACUGUCUUGAAGCCAAAGAAAAGGUGCAUGUCAUUGGAAACAGGCUGAAGCUCCUCUUGAAAGAGGUCACACAUCAUAUUAAAGACCUAGAGAAAAUUCUAGACAUUUCAAGUAGUCAACUGGAAUUGUCCUCAUGGUCCUCUGCUGAUGAAUUGGACACAUCGGGCUCAGUGAGUCCUGUAUCUGGAAGAAGCACUCCAAGCAGACAGAGAACGCCACGGGGCAAAUGUAGUCUCUCACAGCCUGGACCCUCUGUCAGCAGUCCACAUAGCAGGUCCACAAGAGGUGGCUCAGGUUCCUCCCAUUCUGAGGCCGGGCCGGCCUGGCAGCACCCGUCCUUCUUCCUCAGAGUCCUCAGAGCCGCUCUGCCACUUCAGCUCCUCUUGCUGCUCCUGAUCGGGCUGGCUUGCCUGGUGCCAAUGACCGAGGAGGACUACAGCUGUACUAUGGCCAACAACUUUGCCCGCUCAUUCCACCCCAUGCUAAAAUACAUGAAUGGUCCACCUCCCUUAUGAAGGAGACCUGUGAGAUGGCAGGUAACCUUGCUGGAGUGCUAGCUAGGAGGCAGGAUGGUUUUGAAGGGUGACAGGAUUCAGUGUGGCAGCUUUUCCUACCUGCUGUAGCCACUGCUGUGUCCCUGUCGUUCUCUGCGGGCACUCAUCUAGUGACGAUCAGUAUAUCAGUGUCCAGCUGCACAGCGUAUUACCCUGAGUAGCAUCGUUUCAGUACUCACAUCCUGGCUACUAAGGGGGAUGUGAUGUGUGUGAGGGAAAUGUCCUUCUGUCCAGCAUUCUGGAUCUUUUAGCCACUUUAUAUCCAGGUCAUCGCCUUGUACUAUGCAUAGCCAAGGACUUGAUACUGUAGAUCCUUUUCCUGUGUGCUGCUCUAAAUGAGCCAUUAGCCAGUCUUUGUUAACAGCCUCUCAGUAUCUACAGUAUAUGAAAUAACCAAUACUAAAGAAAUUGUAGAGCAUUUGUAACAUACAAUUCUAAAGGAUCUGGUAU